AUGUUCGGCGAGUGGAUGACGCGAAUGCGGAGUCGAUUCGACGGCGAGACGCGAACGCAACGACGGCCGACGAAGUCGCGCGACGACGCGUCGUCGCUUCAUCGACGCGACAACAUCAUCCGCAUCCGACAGCACUUGUGGCAUCGAAUGCAAAAAUCGCACGAUCGUCAUUUGGUCGGCUCGUUCGACGCCGAGAGCGACGAGAACACGGGACCAUGCGUUUUGUGCGGUUUGCGAUACGGGACAGUGAAGACCGAUGUGUGCACACACGAUCUUGUGUGCAAGUUUUGCGCGUAUCGCAUGCUCGAUGAAGGGCUUUUCCCGUCCACCAAAAAAGUGGCGUGUUUGGUGUGCGCCAAAGAGAUCCAUCGAUUCUAUCGGCUGUACCGCGCGCGAUUCACCGUGUGCUCGCCGAGCCGAAAAAUCGGCGGCGCCGACGACGAGGAAGUGGAAGAGGAAGAGGAGGAGACGACGACGAUCGAGCAGCUCGCCUAUGAAUUCCUCGAACGUUCGAGACACUCCAAUUUUGGCCAUCACCAUCAUCAUCAUCAUGUGAAUCGCGGUGAGUGA